AGGAAAACAGUUGAGCAAACAGCCAAGCACGAUUAGCAACUUGAGCUUUGCCACCAGGGCUUUUCUCUACGAAGAUUCUGACUGUCUCGAUAGCAGUGGCAUGUUUCACUGGUGCAGAGGAGCCCAGUUGGAAAAGGUGAUUCUGAAACGGACUGAGAAGUCAACACAUGAGUUUCGGAACCACAUUGUCGCCUGUAUCUUUGGAGAUGCCCACUCAACACUGAUGGGGCUUCGGAAUUUUGUAAUGCCCCUGAGAGCCAGCAGCUAUACCCGGCAGGAGCUGAAGGACAUUGUGUUUAUCGGGUGUCUGGAUUACCUGCAGAGAGAAUGGCGAUUUCUCCGGAAUUUUCCCCAGAUCUACAUUCUGCCUGGAUCUGCACUCUAUGCUGCAGACCUCCAUGCUGUCAACAUAGAGGAAUGUGCCAUGUGUGCUGUCUUAUCUUCCCCAUGCAAGUCAUCUUGCGAGACUCUGGUAGACACGCAGACCAUCAUGGCCACCCUCAACAUAGGGUCACUGAGGAUAAGCUUCUCUGCCCCGAACCCCUCAGAGCCAGAUAGGACCUCAUCGUGGUCCAGUGACGCUGAACGCUCAAAAUACCGAAAAAUCCCCAUCCUCACCGAACUGAAAAAUCCUUCCAACAUCCACUUUAUUGAGCAGCUUGGUGGAAUGGAAGGGCACCUCCCAGGAACAAGCCUACAUCUCACCACUUCCUUUUCCACGGGCGCUGUCUUUUCUGGCAGCUUCUUGGACUCCCUCCUGGCCACAGCCUUCUACAAUUAUCAUGUCCUGGAAUUACUUCAGAUGCUGGUGACAGGAGGGAUAAGUUUUCAGAUGGAACAGAAUUUGGACAAGGAUAAGUUCUGUGGGCUGAGUCACAGCAGCAUUACAGUUUUGUCCAGAAGAAAGCGCUGUAAGCUGGGGCUUCUGUCCUUAAACCAAGCCAUUCUGUUGGACAUUAAACCAAAAAAGACCUUUGGGCAAGUUUUCUGUGGCUUAUUGGAUUACUUUGGAAUCCUGUGCCUUGGUUUAUACCGCAUGAUGGAAAACGAGGAGCUCAACCAGGAGCAAAAAAGGGGAGUAUGCUGGCUUGGAAAGUUUGUGAUUACCCGGCCAGCCAAUGCGUUUAAGCUGCUGCCCUCAGAUCUUGUGUUUUGUGCCAUUCCUUUCAACAUGUCUUAUUGCGAGAAGGAUAAUUCUUUAUAUCAAGGCCCUUAUGAAAACAUAAAUAAAGAGUCACAGACAUCGGAGACAUCUGCAGUCAUAAGUUAUCUUCCCUCUGAUGACCCAGUUGGCCAGAGGUCAACACAGUCGUCAAACACAUCAGUCCAUUUAUUGGAGCCAAAAACUAGCCCCAUUGGUAAUCCUGAGCGACCCUUUUUGUCUCAGAGUGGUAAACUGUCACCCCAGAUAUAUCCAGGAAAGGAAAACGUGAAGAAGCCCUCUGAGGGGACUAGCAGCGCAUAUUCAAACUAG